AUGACUGCACAGACAAAAGAAAACCAGAAGGUUCUCUUCUGCCCUGUCGGCUCCCUCUUUUCUCUUUCUAUAUCCGAACCUCUUGACGAAGACAGUCAAAUGCUUUCAGGAUGUUUCCAAUUCAGCAGCGAGGUGAAGCCAGGAUGGAUACAGUACGAUCCUAACAAGAUCACAGUGAUCACAUCCAAUGAGAUGUUUAGUCCCGUGGACAGCCCUAGCAGCAUUGUACAACCAAAGAAACAGAUGCUCCAGCUCGUGACAGAAGAUGACGUCUCGACACUAAAGGCUCUUCUAGAGAAGCCAGUCUUGCUCUGUGUUACCAGGCGACAUCAGUUCGACAACCCGAUCGAUGUGUCACCAAUGGACGCAGAUGUCUGCAACAGGUGUACUGUGAGUGGCUUUGAUAUUGACUUCGCGGUCGUUUUCCCUCCGGCGCUGUUAAAGGAAAAACUGAAAGAAACUCUUGAACUCAUUCGCGUUUACAUAAAGAAGAAACGUAAAUUUUGCUUUUCCAUCGACUUAAAACAGGUCUUGAAGGAGCUAACUCCCCAAGAAUUGCAAGAGAGUGACUCAAAGGAGUACGUUUCCUGGCAUAACACGGCCUUUUCGCUUACAAAUCACUGUAAACCGUACCACUCUCUCAUGUACCUCAAUACGGUCUUGUUCUGGACCACUUUGUUUCCUUACGCGUUGUUUGUGGCUUUGCCGUAUCGUGCGGGACGCCGUCUUCUUUGCAAAGAUAAACGCCUAGCAGUUCGUAUCCCAAUGAAAUUCACGUAUGGGCAUGUGGAUGACAAAGUUGUGGUGUUUUUAUGGACAAAUGACCCUCCCCCACCCGGGGAAUACAACAGGAAUACUAACAGAUUCUCCAUAACCGCUGCGCAUUUGAAUUGGCUACGACCAUUCCUGCGGGACUCAAGCAUGAUCACGUUUGACUUAAACGUGGAUAAUGGAGACGAUUGA